AAUUUUCUUCAUAUGUCACAUACAGUCAUCCAUAUACGACUGCAGAGGGCAUUAAGAAACAGAGUUAUAUUUGCCAUCGUUCAGGUUUUUAUGUGAAAAAGGGUAAGGAUAUGCGAUAUUUAAAAACCAAAGGAAGCAGAAAAAUUAAUGGAAUAUGUCCUUCUCGAUUGAAAGUUUGUAUUUUACCAGAAAAUGGCAAUGUUAAAAUUAAUUUUAUACAAACUCACAUUGGUCAUGACAAUGACUUGGGUCAUUUGAAUAUUACUAAAAAUGAAAAAAUAGAAAUAGCUAGUAAAAUUGCUUCGAAAAUUCCUCUUGUUUCCAUAUUAGAUGAGAUUAGAGAUUCUGUAACUAAUAAUAAGUUGGAAAGGAUGCAUAUCUUAACAAGAAAAGAUCUUCAUAAUAUAUCACAAACUUUUAAUUUAAAUUCUGAUGGAAUUCGCCAUAAAAAUGAAGUUAUAAGUAUUGAAUCCUGGAUUGAAGAAGCCAAGAAUAGUGGAAUAAUUUUAUAUUACAAGCCACAAGGGGCUUUAUGUAAUGAUUUUCCUUGUUUAAAAAAUGAAGAUUUUCUGUUAAUUGUUAUGCAUCCUGGUCAACUGGAAGUGUUAGACAAAUACUCAGAAGAUGUAAUUUGUAUCGACGGAACACAUGGACUUAAUGCUCAUGAUUUUGAACUUACUACAUUGUUAAUAUUGGAUGAUAUGAGGGAGGGAUUUCCUUGUUGUUUUAUGAUUGGAAAUCGGUCUGAUGAGGAAAUAAUGACUAUUUUUUUCAUAAAGAUAAAAGAAAAUUUAGGAAGAGUAAUCAAACCCAUGGUUUUCAUGUCAGACAUGGCCCAAUAUUACUAUAAUGCAUGGCUCCAAAUUAUGACUCCAGCUAAAUUCAGGCUAUUCUGUUCCUGGCACGUAGAUAAAGCGUGGCGGAAAAAUCUAAAUAAAAUUGAUGGUCAAGAGCAAAAGGUUAUCGUAUACAAACAGCUACGUACCUUAUUACAAGAGACCGAUGUUACUUCAUUUAGGGAUAUGAUACAAAAUUUUCAAAUUUCUCUUCUAUCUUCUGGUAAUACCCAAGAAUUUGGUCAAUAUUUUCAAAAAUGUUAUCUGCACAAUAUGGAAUCCUGAGCAUACUGUUAUCGCUUGCAUGCAGGAAUAAAUACAAAUAUGAGCAUAGAACGAAUGCAUCAAACGAUUAAAUAUUUGUAUUUAAAUGGAAGACAAGUACGAAGGCUGGAUAAAACUAUCAAUAUCUUGAUUAAAUUAAUUAAAGACAAAUUGUUUGAACGGCUUAUUACGUUGAAUAAAGGUAAAAUAUCCAGAAAAUUACGAGAGUUACGGAAAAGGCACAAAACAAGUCUUAAUUUAGAUAUGGACACCAUUGUCAUGUCUGAAAUGGGCUGGGAGAUACCAUCAAGUUCAACCAAUGAUAUCUAUUUAGUUCAGAAAAACAAACCCAGUUGUGACUGCCGAUUAGUCUGUGAUUUGUGCCAAUCCUGUCUACAUUCAUAUUCCUGUACAUGCUUGGAUAACAGUAU